GUUUUUUAAUUUUCCUUUUUGGCCCCUUGCGAAAAUAACUGUCCUCAAGAUGAGCAAAUCAAAGCGUUCUAACAAUCAUCAACCAAUACGUGGAGGCAAAUCUUUCAAUCCUUUUAGCCAAACACAAAGUACCAAUUCAGAAAAUAUAUUUUCCAAUAAAGGAAAUGCAGUUACACUGGUUCGCUUUUAUGCAGGACACGAGUGCCUGUGGAAUCGUGAAAACGCAGACUACUUUAACAACAAAAAGAAACAUGAUCUUUGGGAAUGGAUUGCUCGUCAAUUUGGCGGAAAACUGUCCAGACAGCAAGUGGAAUUUGAGGCAAAGCGUCUUCACAAACGAGCUUUGCAGGAACUGAAAAGGUUACAUAGCUGUCAGGAAAAAGGAUUGCCCUGUACAUGUAACUUUGAGCUCCUGAACGAAUUCUUGUUCCUCAUACCAAAUGACCAGAUGAAGGAGAGCUAUUUAGGAUCUUUUCUACCAAAAGAGCGGGGCUUGGCACCUAACAUUACGUCAAAGAGUGAUCUCCAAACUAAAAAAAAGACCCAGAACCAGGAUGAUUUAACGGUAUUUUGCAGUGAACUAAGGGAAAGGCUUUCUCAACUUCCGCCGCAUGUUCGUUUGCAAACCCAAAAAAAGAUCCUUUUGAUAAUGCAUAGGUCAAAGGGAGGAGUUGAUCGUGAUUUUGUUGUACCGGAAAUGUUACUUCCUGGUCCUUCAAAGAAAUGAGUUGGAACUGGUCUUUGCAUUUAUGAAGCUCGUUGACAAGUUUUAAAAGUAGCCUGUCAAAAUUAAUUAUUGAAAUCAAUGUCCGACUCCAGUUUCAUGGGCAGCAUAGAGACGAAUUAUCACAGUCUAAUCUCAAAUAUUCUCAAAAUCCGACCCAAAGAAAAUCCCUCAAAGACCCAAUUUAGCCAAUGUGAAGUGGAAUUAAAGG